AUGUUCGGCGCCUUCAGACCGUCGUCGAUAUGUUCUGUCGGCCUCUUAUGGAAAACACCGUGGCGCCUAUCUACCACGCGUAAAGCGAACGCUCGCAAGCGUCUGAAGCAAGUCGACGCGGUCAUCGAGGCGGUCCGUGCCAGUGGGGUGCAAUGUAGCGCCCUAAAUCGUGCCCUAGAACUCCCUAAAGAGCACGAGAUGCCCGCACGCGACAAGUACACAACCUUCAGCAAGCACGAGAAGAGCUAUCGUAAGGGUAUACACAAGGUACCGAAAUGGACUAGGCUAACACUCCGGACCAACCCCAAGGGUUUCUGAGAGUGGGCUCUCCUGCCGUGCCCGGUCCAUCACACAGCUCUACUGUACAUAUAUACUCACGUAAUCG